UCGGUGCGAGUGCGUGUGUGCCUGUUCCCUCUUUUUUCCUGCUAGCGUGGAAGAAAAAACUCGUCAAGACGUGGGCCGAAAUCAAGAAAGGUCUCCAAUCGCUGUGGAUGACUACGCUUUGCAGCCCUUGGAACCAAGGUCAGCGGGACGAGUAUCCUUCAAAGGCGUUGGCGAACUUUCUGUACUCGUCGAACUUUAGCACCAAAGAGAUGGAUGAUAUACUGGUGGAGGAAUGCAAUAAUAGGAACACCGUCUAUGUGCUGAAUUCCAGCUACCGAUACGGGAACAUGGACAUGAUAGAGCUGUUCGGUACGCCGGCUGGGCGCGCAUUGACGGUGAAUAAUAAAACUGCAACCGAGCUGCGACACGGUCGCCGAACAGUCGUCGGCGGAAGCAGCAGUACCAUCAGCAGUACGACCGAUCCCCAGCUGUGUCCGAGCACGAUCGGUGGUUUGCUGCCCGGUAGCAUCAGCUCGACCAACAUCAGCAGCAUCAAGAUCAGCGGGAACGAUGCCAUCAGCACUGCCGGUCAGCAUCACUUCAUCGAAUCGAGCGAAUUCAUUCGAUUUGCAUCCAGCAAGGGAUCCGGCAUCGCGCCAUCUGCCACCACCUCCAUCGCCUUUCGAAACAAAUGUAGCAGUAAACCGGCCGACGGUAGCAGUAAACCAGCGCUGGCGCACCACGACCAACCGAGCAGGCGGAAUAAUUUGAAAAUGGCCAAAUUUUGGAAACUGUUCGACGAGGACCGGUUACGGAAGGCUAGCAGUACGGAACGGAUAGGCGAUAAGCUUCGGCAAAGCCGGUGGGUUGCGAGACCAGCGCUCGAGCAGCCGGAAACGGUUGACAAAUCUGCCAAUGAUUUGUACAGCGAGGCGGCCCAGCUGCUAGGUAUCAAGUGUUCCCUGACCGACAGCUGUCGGUGCAUAGAUUGUCAGAGCCAGUACUUUGAUUGUGACGACGACGCGGACGCAUACUCCGAAUAUUCCGAUAAAUCGUACGACAUGGAGGACAAUUUGUACACGAAUCGAUCAUAUUAUAAUGAUCUCUCGACGGUCCAGACGGGGGUGCCAGAUGCAGAUACCUUCGGAAGUGCCGGUAUUGCCGCAAUCAAUGACCGUUUGAAUCGGAACCGGUCCACACACAAUGGACCGUGGGAUCGGGAGGGAAGCGAGGUGCCGGUGGAUGAUGUUGUCAAUGGUAAUGAAUGCCAACAUUAUUUGCAUAGCACCCACAAUCCGUCUUCAUUGAAUUUAUCAUUGGAUGAGGGACAGCUACCGGCAAACGACCGAUCUCAAUUGCCAAUUGAUACGUACGAAACCGAGGGCCGCACGAACGGUAGCCAGGCGGUCCAGGAAGCGCCAUCCGAUGAGGAGUGUGCCGUCGGCAUAAAGGUUGCAUGAGACAGGACUUUGGCUCUUGAAGCCAACGAAGACGCAGCGGCAACAUUUUCGGCCACCAUUAAGGAGGAAGAAAGUAUCGUGCUGGUGACCGUGGAUGGUUUCAGCUGCACCGAUACACCCGGUAAUCAGUGCUCCUGUUCGGGCUGCUAGCAUUUUCGAGUCGUUUUGUUUCUCUACACGUCGGCCGAUAAUACCGAGAGCAAUAAUGUGUGCACGUAAGGUAAGGUGACUAAA